GGAGGGGGCAGGGAAGCCGGGAGCCCCGUGCGCCACUUCCCCGGCGGCCUCGGCCUGGGCCAGGACUGGCUCGCGGUUCCCUCGCGGCUUUGCUCGGGUCCGCCUCCCCCUCUCUCUCCCCCACCCUUCCCGCGAGCUGCCUCCGCCCUCCUUCCUCUGCCUCCACCCUCAACCCCCAUCCCCGGCUGUCGAGAGCUGGGCUCUGAGACCUUAGUCUGCCCGAGCUCUGGAUGUGGGCGCCGGACAAGUCCGCGGCGCCUCCACCCAAGAUGGACAGCCGCUACACCAGCACUGCGGGCAUCGGGGACUUGAACCAGCUGAGCGCGGCCAUCCCGGCCACGCGGGUGGAGGUGUCCGUGUCCUGCAGAAAUCUUCUUGACAGAGAUACAUUCUCUAAAUCUGAUCCAAUUUGUGUCUUAUAUGUGCAAGGAGUUGGAAAUAAAGAAUGGAGAGAGUUUGGAAGGACUGAAGUGAUUGAUAAUACUUUAAAUCCUGAUUUUGUACGAAAAUUUAUCCUGGACUACUUUUUUGAAGAAAGGGAGAACCUUCGUUUUGACUUGUAUGAUGUUGAUUCCAAGAGCCCCAACCUAUCCAAACAUGACUUUCUGGGACAAGUGUUUUGUACAUUGGGGGAGAUUGUUGGUUCUCAGGGAAGUCGCCUGGAAAAGCCAAUAGUAGGAAUUCCAGGGAGGAAAUGUGGUACGAUCAUACUUACAGCAGAGGAAUUAAACUGUUGUAGGGAUGCUGUUCUGAUGCAAUUUUGUGCAAACAAAUUGGACAAGAAGGACUUUUUUGGAAAAUCAGAUCCUUUUCUUGUAUUUUAUCGAAGUAAUGAAGAUGGCAGUUUUACAAUUUGUCAUAAAACAGAAGUUGUCAAAAACACUCUAAAUCCUGUAUGGCAAGCAUUCAAGAUCUCAGUCAGAGCAUUAUGUAAUGGUGAUUAUGACAGAACAAUCAAAGUAGAGGUGUAUGACUGGGAUCGAGAUGGGAGUCAUGAUUUCAUUGGAGAAUUUACCACAAGCUAUAGGGAACUUUCUAGAGGACAAUCGCAAUUCAAUGUCUAUGAGGUGGUGAAUCCCAAAAAGAAAGGAAAAAAGAAAAAAUAUACUAAUUCGGGAACAGUAACCUUACUCUCUUUUUUAGUAGAAACAGAAGUUUCAUUCCUUGAUUAUAUUAAAGGAGGAACGCAAAUCAAUUUCACAGUGGCUAUUGAUUUUACGGCAUCAAAUGGCAACCCUGCCCAGCCCACUUCUCUCCACUACAUGAAUCCUUACCAACUGAAUGCCUAUGGAAUGGCACUGAAAGCAGUGGGAGAAAUCGUUCAAGAUUAUGACAGUGAUAAAAUGUUCCCAGCUCUAGGCUUUGGUGCAAAACUGCCUCCAGAUGGAAGGAUAUCUCAUGAAUUUGCUUUGAAUGGGAACCCUCAAAACCCCUACUGUGAUGGCAUUGAGGGGGUCAUGGAGGCUUACUAUAGGAGUCUGAAAUCUGUGCAACUAUAUGGGCCGACUAACUUUGCUCCUGUAAUUAAUCAUGUAGCAAGAUAUGCCUCUUCUGUAAAAGACGGUUCCCAGUAUUUUGUGCUCCUGAUUGUGACAGAUGGUGUUAUCUCGGAUAUGGCUCAAACCAAGGAGUCCAUAGUCAAUGCUUCAAAACUUCCAAUGUCGAUAAUUAUAGUAGGUGUUGGACCAGCAGAAUUUGAUGCGAUGGUUGAAUUGGAUGGAGAUGAUGUAAGAGUUUCCUCCAGGGGAAAAUAUGCGGAAAGGGAUAUUGUACAGUUUGUGCCGUUCCGGGAUUAUAUUGACAGAAGCGGAAACCACAUACUGAGCAUGGCUAGACUGGCCAAAGAUGUCCUCGCGGAGAUCCCUGAGCAGUUCCUCUCCUACAUGAGGGCCCGCGGCAUCAAGCCGUCCCCUGCGCCUCCGCCCUACACCCCACCUACACAUGUGUUACACACUCAGAUCUGACUGUGCUCCGAACGGCUCCCGUUAACUACACAUCAGUUAGAACUGCUGAGUCAACGCUUUGCUCCUGGUGCUCUGUCAUGAACCAGGGAAUGAGAUACUUUUCUCAGUUUGGUUUCAGCAGUACUGGUUAAUAUGCUUUCUUGGAUCCAAAAUUAAUUCUCUUUCUAAACCAAAACUGUAAAUAUGGUUGUUGCAUGAGCAACAGAAAAAUUGUUUAAAUGCUUGAAGCAAAAUAUGGAUGUCUUCUCUGAAACUUUCUUUUUUGCGGGGGGCGGGGGGCGGGGGGGACAGAAACAGCUAAUUUCCAAUGUAUUGUUGGGAAAAAGCACAAACUGUUUUUAACUCAAAUAUUGUCCUCGACUGCUGUGUGUAUAGGAGAGCAGUCUCUCUGUAUCAAUGUUUACAUGUUACUACUUUUUAAAUUUCAAUACUUUUAUAACUGUUCUUAAGAAUAAGAGUUUUGAAUAUUGAAUCCUUUGUCUUCUAAAUUGCAAUAGCUAUAAUCACAAGAGCAAUAUCUCUUUGAAUGACUGUCUGGACAAAUACAAUUGCAAAUAAGGGAAGGGAGAGAUACUUCAUAUUUCUCAGUAAGUGCAUUGUCUUAUGAGGCCGCAUCUGCUUAGUAUUGAGUUCCUCCGCGUUGUUUGCAAGGUAUGGGAGUUUAAGCUUAGCAGGUGUGUAUUCUGUACGAACAUGCAUUUUUCAUGGAGCUUGGAUUCUAAAUUUAGACUGCAGCCAGUUUAUGUUCUGUAAUUCUCAGUAGAAAUAAUAAAAAGUCAAACAUUGUGAACUGUAAAAUGCACAGAAAAUACUUCGUGUACAAAGCAGCAUCUUUAUAUUAUAAUGCUAUUUAGAAAGACUAAAACCCAGAAUAUUUAACUGUGAACAAUGUAGCAGAGGUUUUAAACUUUUUAUUCCAUUAUACCUUGUCUAGAUAUUUUAAUUCAAAGGGAUACUGGCUCUCUUGAUUUGGACUCCUUGUUAUCAUCUUUCCAUGUUGCCAUGCUGGUGCACAGGCUGGAAGUUUUUUGUGAAAUUCCCAGUGAAAUAUACACAACCACGUGACUUAGUGCACAACACAUUUGUGAGAUAACCUACUCCUACAUACUGAACUGCCUGUCCACAAUGACUUGUAAAGAGUUUUUGCAUGUACAGUUUUUACAAGAAUUACAGUUUUGUGACGUUGUGUCUAAAUUAAAGCAUUUCUUUAAAACAAAUGGCCUUAAAUUCUCACAGAAUUCCUGGAAAUGAUUGUGAAUUGCCUUCAAAUAAUAGAAAAGUGUAUUUUUUUUUCUUUUGUGUCAACAAUGUAACUGCUUUAUAAUAUUUUUCCUUACUUAUAUCCUAUUUACUACUUGGUUUAUUUCUACUGUAUGUUUGUUCUCUUUGUCCAAGUUGAUUUAGGGUGACUUUUAUAAGCAUGAAACUAUUUUAUUGAAAAGAAAAAUAUAUACACCCACAUAUCUAAUAGUAUCAAUGUUAUAUAAUUAUGUAAUAAUAAAUUGUCCAUUUUUAAGUAUGUAUUAAAAUCUUUAAAAGGAUAACUACUUGCUCUGUAAAUUUUAUGUGUGAGUGACAUGGAGUGUGAUGAUUUCCCUUACUGAUCUUAAAUAUUUCCACCAGUAUAGUUAAUAACCUACUGAUUUUUUUUUAACUACCUUCAUUGAUCAGUCCAAAGAAAUAAAAAUGAAUAA